GUCAUCGGCGGGCGCCGCAGCGGGGCCGCAGCCGGAAGUGCUGUGGCCGUGGUCGCCGAGCCACGUGCGGAGCCUCCGGGAGUGGGAGCCGGCCGAGCGUCGGCGGUCCCGGGCACCUGCCAGACAGUAACACCAUGAGCUUCGUGGCCUACGAGGAGCUGAUCAAAGAGGGUGACACGGCCAUCCUGUCACUGGGCCAUGGUGCAAUGGUGGCAGUGCGCGUGCAGCGCGGGGCACAGACCCAGACCCGGCAUGGUGUCCUGCGACACUCAGUAGACCUCAUCGGCCGCCCCUUCGGCUCCAAGGUGACCUGCGGCCGAGGUGGCUGGGUCUAUGUGCUGCACCCCACGCCUGAGCUUUGGACACUGAACCUGCCACACCGCACCCAGAUCCUCUACUCCACCGACAUUGCCCUGCUCACUAUGAUGCUGGAGCUUCGGCCUGGCUCUGUGGUCUGUGAAUCCGGCACUGGCAGCGGCUCCGUGUCCCACGCCAUCAUCCGCACCAUUGCGCCCACGGGCCACCUGCACACGGUGGAGUUCCACCAGCAGCGGGCGGAGAAGGCGCGGGAGGAGUUCCAGGAGCACCGCGUGGGUCGCUGGGUGACGGUGCGCAACCAGGACGUGUGCCGCAGCGGCUUUGGCGUGAGCCACGUGGCAGAUGCCGUCUUCCUGGAUAUCCCAUCGCCUUGGGAGGCUGUGGGCCAUGCCUGGGACGCCCUCAAGGUUGAAGGCGGGCGCUUCUGCUCCUUCUCACCGUGCAUUGAGCAGGUGCAGCGCACAUGCCAGGCGCUGGCGGCCCGGGGCUUCUCAGAGCUGAGCACGCUGGAGGUGCUGCCGCAGGUGUACAACGUGCGUACCAUCAGUCUGCCCGCGCCCGACCUGGGAGCCAGCCCUGGCCCCGACGCCAGCCCCUUCCGCAGCGGCACGCCCAUGAAGGAGGCUGUGGGCCACACCGGCUACCUGACCUUCGCCACCAAGACCCCCGGCUAGCGGGCUGCCAGGAGCUCCAGGGAGCUGGGAGCGCUAGGCUAGGCAGGGAGAAGCAGCUCGGCCAGAGGCCUCCUUAUAUGGUCAGCGGACGCCUGCCGGGGCCUGUGUUUAGAAACAGGGCCUGUGUUUAGAAAAGGACAGAAGGCGGGGCAGGGCUCGGGGGCCUCCGGGGUGGCUGAAGGGGGGUGUCCAUGGUGGAGGAGCAUAGGCAGGGCCUCUGGGGAGGGAGGCCUCCUGCCCGCGCCACCACUGUGCUCAGCAUCCCCCUCCUGAUGUUUGUUGCCACACAAAGUCUCCACUGCCAUAGGCUCUUUUGAGUGUUGAGGCUAAGGGGUGCAGGUGGCAGAGCCCAGGUCUGGCCCCUUCCCAGGUGGCCCGAAGCAGGGGGGCAGUGGGGCAAAGACUCAGAGGAGGAGGGCUUGGGGCUUGGUGCUGCACUGGACCCCGGGACCCCCAAGGCCCAGCCUGCCCUACACGGUCUGUGGGCCUGCUCGUCACCUCCCUCCCUGGUCCUGAUGGGGCCAGGCCAGCCCAGCAGCUAGGGAGAGGCGACCCUGCUGUGUGGCCUUAGACCUGACCCCACCCCAUGGGCGCUGCACAGGCCCUGUGCGAGUGUCUCCGCAUCUUCUCCCGUGAAGGGGCAGGCGGCAGCCCCCAGCCACCCCCCUCACUUCUCCCACCCCUGGAAAGUGCCUUCUGCAGCCUGGCCCAGCCCAAGCCCCCAGCAGGUCACUAAGUGAGAACACACAGCGUCACUUAGAGAAGAACCUGAGAAGGACAGUGGUGUGCUUCAGGCGACCUGGCCAGUCCUUGUCGGAACUGUUUGGACCCCAGCUGUCCAACCCCAGAGUUACUGGGGUGUCCCUGCCCCUCGUAGGGACCCUGAGGUCAUGGGGGUCUGGGGGUGCAUCCAGGGCUGAGGGCACAUGUCCCCUGCCCUGCCUGGCCUGGCCUCCAGCUCUGUGGUGUGCAGCUGGCGUCCCUGCCUGCCACUGGUGUGCGAAGGGCCUGAGCAUCCGCCCUUGGCCUCAGCUGCCAUCAGGGACCUCAGUUUUCCCACGUUGGGACAAGAGCCCCAAGGUCCUUGCUGGCCUAGGGCUGGCCCCUGACCAUGCCUGGCAGAGAAAUAAA